AUGGAAAGUAAGAAAAGUCUUUUCCAAACAAAACUUCUAGAGUCUGAAGAAAACAAAGCUACAAAUAGUUCAAGUUUAUUUCCCCAGGAAGAAUAUGAACGAGUAAUUAGUCGCCUGAAUGAACUUAAACAAUCUAAUCCUACGAAGACUAAGCAGGAUUAUCGUUUGUUACAAAAAUAUGAAAUACUGGAGGUCACAAUUGAGGGUACCACCGUGCAAAAGUUGCAGAAGAAAGGAACUCAGCUGCGAUUCGUUUGUGCUGAAUAUGUGUUUGAUGUACUUCUAGCUAUUCGUCGCAUAAUUGGCCACGGAGGAAGAACUAGUAUGUGUAAGGCAACCAAAGAAAAAUAUGCAAACAUUUCACGUGAUCAGAUAACGCUGUUCUUGCAGUAUUGUGAGGAAUGUCAGCUAAAGAAAAGUAGUGUGCGGAAGUGUGUGGUUGUCAAGCCAAUCGUCUCGAACAGCAUGAAUUCUCGAGCACAGGUUGACUUGAUUGAUAUGCAGUCAACCAGAUGGGAAGUACCGUUUCAUUUUCAAUUACCAGGAUCACUUGACCAAGAUGAUAUGCCUUCGAGCCUUACAGACUAA